GUUUGUGUGAUGGCCAUACCAGGUUUACCACCUCCAAGGCUGCCAAAAUACUUUACCGAGGAGAAUCUGCACUUCAGUAAACUUUACAAAUGUGUAAUUGAUAUAGGCCAGAGAGUGAUGAUUGAGAUCCUGAGAGCCAUAUGUGAGAAGGAGGACUUUGAGGAAGGUUGUAUCACAGUAAAGGAUUACUGCCUCAUUAAGCUGAAAUGGUCAAAAAAUUAUAUAAAGCACCACAUUUUUAAGUCAGAUUUACCGGAAAUGGAUAAAGACAUGCGGAAAGCUGAUUUUGAUCUCAAAUUCACUCUCAGAAUAAUAGAUAAAAUGCUGUUUCAUGUCUAUACUCAGUUGAAUGAAAAGUGUCAAAAACAGAUCGAUCAGUUGAAGUUCCUGAGAAAUCAGUUGUCCCAUGGUGAUAUGUCUAUAAGAGGGAUUUUGGAAGAUCGUGUAAAUGAACUGAGGCAAAUAUAUGAGGAUAUUUAUGAAGGAUUUGGGAAAGUUUUAAGCCAAGAUUUUUCCAAAAGUAUUUCUGACAUGAAUGAUAGCCUAACAGCAAUUCUGAAUGCACAAUUAAGACAAGAUGAUAUGACAACAUACACAGAAAUAAUAGAAGAAUGCAGGAAAAACAAAAUUUCAGACAUGGUUGAUGCUGGACAAAAAGAGCAGAGGUCAUAUUAUGGAAAUUUGCAGUUGCUAAAUCCUUGUGUUUGGAUAUGUGAAGCAGAUUACAACAAUUUUAAAGAUGGGAAAGCGCAAAGUUUCUGUAUUCGAAGUCUUUUCACACCUCUACAGUUGAAACUUGAAGGAAAUGUAGCAAUAAAAGAUAUAAAAGACCUUUUAACAGUAUCAACAGAAAGUAAUGGAUCAGAAAAUGUACCAACUGUAUUUGUCCUCAUGGGUGUGCCAGGUUCUGGGAAGACCUCUCUCUUACAUUAUUUGAUUCAUGUUUGGUGCAAGCAGGGAGAUGAAAUUGAUAAAGUUAGUGAUUUUGAUUUAGUGUUUUUUAUUGAAACAAGAAUUGUCACAAAGAAUGAUAUAGUUGAGUUUUUACAAACACAUAAAAUGUUUGAAGAAACAUGCAAAAAAUUUAACUCAAAUGAUAUCAUAAUGAUAUUAAAAUGCUUAAAACUCUUAUUUAUCAUUGAUGGAUUUGAUGAGUGUGGCAGUGCUGCUAGACAGCUAGUAGAAGAUAUUUUUAGCAGAUUUGGUGACCAGCAUAUCAUUAUGACAAUAAGACCAGAUUAUCAAGAACCUGUUACAUUCUUAGCUAAUAGAUAUUUUGUAAGCUGUCAUUUUAUAGAAGUAAAAGGAUUUGAUCAUAAACAACAGAAACUUUAUACUGAAAAGGUCUUUAGAGCAUUAGAGACAGAUGAAAGUAAGUGCAAGAAGCUCAUUGGUUUAUUUUCAUCAAAACUCUUAAAAUUUAAGCAGAGUCAAAUCUUCCAGGAACACCUGAGGUGGCCUCUUAACCUUGCCAUGCUGUGCUAUUUCUGGAAAGAAGAUAGGAAAGUAUUUAAUAGGAUCACAUCUGCCACAACACUGUAUAUGGAAUUCUUCAAACACUGGCAGAGUGAAUUGGCCAGACGUCUGAAGCAAGCAAGUGACAUUAGUGGUAAUGAACUUAGAGAAAAAAUUGAGAUUUUGAUACUGUUUUUUGGGAAUAAGGCAUGGGAUAUGUUCCUAGAGGAGGAAAGCACACUUGACAAAAAAUCCUAUGCUAUGAUUAAAGAUAAAUGUAACGAGAUGAAUAUAAAUGUUCAGGAGUUUUUGUCUGCUUUCUUCAUGUGCCAAGUGGAUGAAGAUCGGAAUUCUGAAAAAGUUGUAUUUGAAUUUCUGCAUAAUAAUCAACUAGAAUACCUUGCUGCAGGAUUCUUAGCCAUGAAAAUCAGACAAAAAGAAAAGAAACUAGAAGACGUUCAGGAGGAAAUUAGAUACAUACAUAAUUACCAAAACUUCUUAGGCUAUCUAGUAGGGCACCUUGUGCUUUGCAGCCAGCAUGAAUCAGACCUACUUCACUCCAAUAUGCCAUGCCUUCUAGACCUGUUUGAUUCUGCAACAGUGCAAAAGGACAACUACAACUACUGGUGGAAUAUAUAUAUUGAAUCACAACACAAUGAGAUGUUGGGUAUGAAGAUUGCUAGUGAGAAACUACCACAGGAUGAGUGGGUUCUGAAUGCUGAGCAAGUAGUUUCAGGUCUUAGACUUUUAAGUUAUACACCAGUGGUCCUAAAAUGUCUUAUAAUUGAUAUAUCUUCAGAUAUUGAUCCAUACAGUAUUAAAUUCUUUCUAGAUCUGAUGAAGGGGCUUAGGAAAGAAAUAGAAAAUCGUCAUGAUAAGACACAUCCAAUUUCAGUUGAACUCCAUUUUUGGCAUCACUAUGAAGAACGGCAUGACAGGCCAUCAGAUGAGUUUCUACAGACUCUGUAUCCUUGGGGUCAUCUGACUAAUUUUACAGGUAGCAUUGGAAACUCUGAGAGAGGGAAAGAAGUUCUAAGAUACUGCAUGAAUUUGAAGUCUAUUAAAAUUCAGGUGUCAACCAUUGCAGCUUUAAAUUCACUUAGCUGCAGUCUGGACAACAUCUAUAAAUCUAUCAAGGACAUAUGCAUUGUCCUUGCACUCCCAGAUAAUAUCCCUCUCAGUGAAUAUCCUCAGCUGAAGAAAUUCUGCAACUUGAAGCUUUGUGUGAUAGGGAAUCAAGAUGUUAAUCAGGAAUGGUGGGCAGAUGUCAUUAAACAUGUUUCUGGAGUCAGGAAUGAGAAGAGCCAUGAAGUUAAAGGUGACUUAUAUACAACCAGAUGUGGCCAUACAGUAAAUGGAAGCCAUGGGAAACAGAGUAAUAAAUACCAACAACUGACUGCUGAAAAAUAAGCUGGCAUCUGAGAGUGUCAUGAAGCUGGUAAAAAAUAUUGAGGGUUCUCUCCAAGAAAUUUUGUGCAAGUUAAUGCUUGACACAUACUGAAACUGUGUCACAAUUGGCUUUUGUAAAAGUUUGUCCAUUAGCGUGUCUCCAUGAUUUUGCAGGUCUUUGUAAUAAAUAGUAAUGAACAAAGAGUGGAUUGCUGUAAUACUCUGGUUCCCACCUCCAGGUUGCAUGGGGAGAGAAGAAAUAUACUAUUUUUACUAUGAAUAAUUAUGGGGAGAACAGGUCCAUAAACAAUGUUUAAAUCAAAUUAAAUCUAGAUGUUUAAUGUUUGGAACAGUAUAGAGCUUGAUGAGACUAAGUGAAAAAAGUAAAAAAUAGAAACAUUAUAUAAAGUUAAGGAGAAGGAGAUACAGUUAGGAGUACCAUCAUUAAUUUGAAUACAAAAGCAGGAUGAAAAAUUCACAUUUAAGUUUUUUACUUUUUAUUAUCAUGUGAAAAUAUAAUAAAGCUAAGACUCCAUGGAACCACAUAAUAAAUAACCAAUUACCAGA